AUGGAUUUUGGCAGCAAACUCGAAGAACUGAAUUUGACACGCGAUGAAGUGAAUCGGUUAGGUGAAGCGCUGAAAGACGAUAAGUUCCGCGAGUUACUGAACGAAUAUGCCGCGGAGAUCUCAGAUCCCGAGAACAAGAGAAAAUACGAGGAAGAAAUCACACAGCUGGAGAAGGACAGAGGCAUGAACGUGCAGUUUAUUCACCCUGAAGGACAUCACGUGCUGAAAACACGCAGCGCGGGCGGGAAAAUCUUCAUCAACGUCUGCUCCAGUCAGCUGAUCGACAAACCGUCGUGUGAAGCAGCGAGAAACCGAGACGGAAAACCCGGUCAAAACUGGCGUUUACCGUUCAGUCUGACACCGGGCAGAACGGACAGAGAUGCCGGCGGAAACAGCUGUGUGAUUUACGAUGUAGUUUUCCAUCCAGAAGCGCUUUACAUGGCGGCAAAAAACGCGCGAUUUCUGAAACUCGUCCACAGGACGGCUCUCGAUGGGAUUGAAGACUCUUUCCACAUCAAGCUAGACAAAGAUAAGAUAAGGCAGCUGAAGAUGAGGUAUAAAGGUGUUGCGCAUCCAGCUGUGAUCCGCACGCCGAUUCCUGGACACGAUCAGAAGAACCGGAACACCUAUGAGGAGGACAUGAUGUCAUUUCCAUAUCCAGAUGAGAAUCAAACCGCACCAGAACCCAAAUCCUCCUCAAGCCAAAGUCCUCCUCAUCCAGAAGACAAACAGCCCAUCACACCUCAGUACACCUUAAAAUACCGAUCAGUCGUCGAUUUGCAAGAUUACCGGUGUUCCAGAGAUUCGGGGCCCGGGGCCCGACCCCGAGAGAUCGUCAUCACCGUUGAUGUACCGCUGCUAAGAUCAGCACAGGACGCUGACCUCAGUGUGACGGAGCGACGCCUCGUCCUGGAGGCUCCAGAACCAGCGUACAGACUGGAGCUUCCACUCGCGUAUCCGGUGGAUGAAGAUAAAGGAGAUGCAAAGUUCAACAAAACUACGAAACAGUUGACAAUCACUCUUCCCAUUCGGCCUGUGAAAACCUCGCAGAUCAGCUGCGAUGAGACGAAGAGUAACGCCAAUGAUGAAGCCGAUCAAGAAGCAGUUCUGGAGCCGGAUCACACAGAACCGAAGCGGUGUCAGGAGGCGUGCGAUACUGCCGCAUUACAGUGUUCACCAGACAUGAGGUUUCCUUUAGCAUCCGAGCCUCAAUUAAUCGAUUUAACGAGAUCGACACACGAGAUGAGCAACGAUCCAAUCAUCAACCCAACGGAGAACCGGACAGAACCUCAGGAACCAGAACCAGAUCGGUCUGUAGAAGUGGUCCCAAACAAUGAAGAUGAAAUGAACAUCAAUCGAGCAGCUGACUCCUCAUCACAUACAAGUGGAUCUAUCAGUCUCCACGGUCCAGAUGAAAAGAGGGCAAAUCCAGAGAGCGACGCUACUGCGUUACUUCAGACAGAUAAUAACGCACUGAUUCAUCAGCAGACCAGCAGCUCAGUGACAGAGACGCCAGCAAACCAGCAGCUGAAUCCACUGAUGAACUCUUCUCAGGAAGCUGAAAAGCCAAAGCUGAAGCGCUCUUCAGAAGACUGUGAGAGCGACGUGACCGAGCGACUAAUGGAGGACGCUGGGAUACGGUCAGAGGAACCAGCAGCUUUGAGAGAGACCAACCCAGACGGCAGUCACAUGACCUCGGCCACCCUGUGCUUCCAGAACUCUCUGCGGUUUGAUUUGGACUAAACAUCAAAUUAGUUUAUGGUUUAUGUUCUUGGAAAGUCAUUUAUUUAGUUUUCAUUGUAGUUCAGAGAUGCUGAAUAAAGUUUAAAUUUGGAGUAAAAUAGAAAUCUUUGUUUGGUUUUGUUCAAAAAACACCAAAAAUGUUCAAAUUUAAAGGGUUAGUUCACCCCAAAAUGAAAUUUCAGUCAUUAAUUCCUCACCCUCAUGUCGUUCCACACCCGUAAGACCUUCGUUCAUCUUCAGAACACAAAUUAAGAUAUUUUUGAUGAAAUCCGAGAGGUUUAUGACUCAAUAUAAUCAACACUUUCAAGGUCCAGAAAGGUACUAAAGACAUUGUUAAAACAGUCAUGUGACUGCAGUGGUUCAACCUUAAUGUUAUGAAGAGACGAGAAUACUUUUUGUGCGCAAAAACAAAACAAAAAUAAGGACUUUAUUCAACAAUCUCUUCUCUUCCCUGUCAUUAUCUUACGCAGGUGACGCAGUAACACAGUGAAGUCUUCCGUGUUUACGUCCGAAUGCCGGCUCAGUAUUGGCCAAAGCUGGUCACGUGAUCAGCACGACGCAUGCGUGUGAUGCUGAAGCAGCAGCUGGCCAAUAAUGAGUCGGCGUUCUGACGGAGAACCUGGAAGCGCCGGACGUAAACAACAUAAGAGAAUGACACAGAAGAGAAGAGAUUGUUGAAUAAAGUCGUUAUUUUUGUUUGUUUUUGCGUACAAAAAGUAUUUUUGACUUUUUGACAGAUUUUCUUAAUAUUCUUUAUUCUAGUUAUUAUUUUCCUCUUAUUCAUAAACCUACAAGAGUUAAGGAAAACUCAGCAACAUUGAUUGAUAAUAUUUUAACAAAUUCUGCAAGUGAAGGAAUUAAAUCUGGUGUUUUAUAUUCACUUGUCUGAUCAUUUUCCCAUAUUUCAUUAUUUUGAAAUUAGGGUUAACAGAGUUAAACUUUCAAAAGAAAUACAGCAAAAGAGAAUUAUGAGUAAGUAAAAUAUUUCUAAGUUUAAAGAUUUGAUUGCUAGCACCUCUUGGGAUGAUCUGUAUGAGGAAUAUGAUGCUGAUAGAGCAUAUCAACAAUUUAUUUUUUUACAAAAUGGCCGAUGGUUUCUCUAGAUAAGACUCUUAUUCCUCGUCUGGGAUCAUGUAGAGCUCUUUGAAGCUGCACUGAAACUGACAUUUGGACCUUCAACAUGUUGAACCCCAGUGAAGUCCACUAUAUGGAGAAAAAUCCUGGAAUGUUUUCCUUCAUUUCUUUUCCAAUGAAGAAAGAAAGACAUGAACAUCUUAGAUGACAUGGACGUGAGUAAAUUAUCAGAACAUUUGAAUUCUGAAGUGAACUAAUUCUUUAAGGUUGAACCACUGUAGUCACAUGGACUAUUUUAAUGAUGUCUUUACUACCUUUCUAAUUAUCUUAAUUUCUGUUAGGAAGAUGAACGAAGGUCUUGCAAGUUUGGAACGACAUGAGGGUAAUUGACCCUUCGCCGGGAGUUUGAUUGACAGGCGAUCUAACCAAUCAUAAUGCCGAAGCUGCUAUUUUGUCCGACAAAGCAGUAAGGGGAUUUAGUAGAUUAACGUUGGUGGACUUGAACUUGAAAAAUGGUGUGUACUUCCGUCUUUCCGCGGCGGAAACAGCAUUCCUUCUGAUGUUCAUUCAUGUUUAUUUGAUGCUAUAAAUUAACUAGUAGGAAGAGAUGAUCGGUUCACAAGCUGCUUGAACUGAGGCGCUACAGCGAUCCGUCGCGACACAUUCAAGAGCCACAAAAUGGUAUUUAUUGUUUAAAUUUCUUUAAAAAUGACAAAAUUUGAAAUUUGAGACUUUGACAUCAAAAGUAACCUGCCCUGCCGUGUUUUCAGUGUCCUCUGCGAUGUAUUUUUCACUGUGUGAGAACAUGAUGUUUGGCAUGAGAGCAGCAUGGCUUGUCAGACAUAGCAACAGUAACUAAAGGAGGCGGGUCUUUGCAAACCGUCAAUUAAUGACAGAAAU